AUGGAAUUGAAAAAAGUCCAUGUCUCUGAGCAAAUACCUCAACUGGAUCAUGCCAAACUUGAAGAGUGGAUGAACGAUGAUGAUGCUAUUGAGAAGGGUUUCACUGAUCUGGAGAAGGAACGGAUGCAUGCCAAUGUCGAAUUCGAGUGGGGAUUGGACUCAAUACUCCAUUGGUUCAAACCCAGCGUGGCUGAAUUCAUCUCGGCACUCAAAAUUUGUGCUGCCGGUGUAAUUGUAAUAGGCAUUAUUUAUUGUCUCUGCUGCUGCUACAGAUGCAGCAAAAAGGCAACUGUUUUACCUAAUUGA